AAUAAUAAUAAGCCAAAUUUCCAAAUCGAGGAAUAUGAUUUCCGAACAUGGACAACGAUUAACCCAUUGGCGACCAGUGGGCACUCUCGAUUAUGAAACUUGACGAAUUUUAGUGCAGUUCAGGUGAAAGAUAUUAAUUCUUAUGGGAUGGAUAUUCUAAAUGAUGGUGGCCAAAAAUCGGUUCAGAAAACACCUAGGAAAGGCAUGUCAACUGGCGGAAAAAUCCUAAUCGCAGCCACAGGGGGCGUUGGCAUCGGACUGUCAAUUGUUUGCGCCUCGUUUGUAGCUCCUGCCUUUCGCAGGAUAUGCCUUCCAUAUGUACCGGCGACCACAGAGCAAAUCCAGAACGUCCUUAGCUUUCUGCCAAAGAACGCCACCGGCAAGCUGCUGGACAUUGGUUCGGGUGAUGGUCGCAUCGUGUUUGCGGCGGCCCAGCAUACAAAGAGUCUCAAAACCGAUGGCGUGGAGCUGAAUCCUUGGCUUGUCUACUACUCGCGCUUGGCGGCGCUUCGUCAUGGUGCGAGCAGGCAGGCCAGCUUUUACCGGCGUGACCUGUGGAAGUUCGACAUCAAAGAUUACAACUUUGUGGUCAUAUUCGGUGUGGAGCAAAUGAUGAAGGACCUGGAGCACAAACUGAUCGCUGAGUGUCCGCACAAUACAAAGAUCAUCGCGUGCCGGUUUAAGCUGCCGAACCUAGAGCCUGAGCGCACCAUUGAGGAUGGUGUGAACACGGUGUGGUUCUAUGACCUCAACAGGCAGACCCGACAAGUGAGCGGCAACAGUUGAGGAAUAAACCCGAGUUUAUUAUUAAA